CACACACAAAAACUACCCAUAGAGAGAGAGAGAGAGAGAGAAAACAUAUAUAUUAGGGGAGUCGCCGGAGUUUUCCAUCACCACCACACAUGGCGGCAGCCAACGUACUCCCAGGGCCAUACAACACCUCCUCAGCAGUACCAGACUGGCUAAACAAAGGCGACAACGCAUGGCAAAUGAUAUCCGCCACGCUCGUCGGCCUCCAGAGCGUCCCGGGCCUCGUCAUCCUCUACGGCAGCAUCGUUAAAAAAAAAUGGGCCGUAAACUCGGCCUUCAUGGCCCUCUACGCCUUUGCCGCCGUCGUCAUCUGUUGGACCACGUGGGCCUAUAAGAUGUCGUUCGGCGACAAGCUUCUCCCCUUUUGGGGAAAAGCAGGGCCCGCUUUGGGCCAAAAAUUUUUAAUCAAACAAGCAGCGCUUCCGCAAACCACCCAAUAUUUCGAGAACGGCGACGUCGAGACGCUGAUGAUCACGCCGUACUAUCCGAUGGCGUCGAUGGUGUGGUUUCAGUGUGUUUUCGCGGCGAUUACGCUGAUUUUGUUGGCGGGAUCGUUGUUGGGGAGGAUGAAUAUAAAGGCUUGGAUGAUGUUUGUGCCGCUGUGGCUCACAUUUUCUUAUACAGUGGGAGCAUUCAGCCUUUGGGGUGGAGGGUUUUUGUUUCAUUGGGGUGUUAUGGAUUAUUCUGGUGGGUAUGUUAUUCAUUUGUCUUCUGGGAUUGCUGGCUUCACUGCUGCUUACUGGGUUGGGCCGAGAUCGACAAACGACAGAGAGAGGUUUCCACCGAACAACGUAAUACUGAUGUUGGGAGGGGCUGGGCUGCUGUGGAUGGGCUGGGCCGGAUUCAAUGGUGGAGAUCCAUACAGCGCAAACAUAGACUCAUCAAUGGCUGUCCUUAACACCAACAUUUGCGCCGCCACUAGCCUCCUUGUCUGGACUUGGCUUGACGUCAUCUUCUUCAAGAAACCCUCCGUCAUCGGAGCCGUUCAGGGCAUGAUCACCGGUCUCGUUUGCAUCACCCCUGGUGCAGGUCUUGUUCAAGGAUGGGCUGCCAUAGUCAUGGGAAUUCUAUCAGGCAGUGUUCCAUGGUUCACAAUGAUGAUAAUUCACAAGAGGUGGACACCGCUCCAGCAAAUCGACGACACACUCGGUGUCUUCCACACCCACGCUGUCGCUGGCUUCCUCGGUGGCACCCUCACCGGCCUCUUUGCAGAGCCCACACUUUGCGCCCUCUUCUUGCCCGUCACAAACUCUAGAGGCGGCGUCUAUGGCGGCUCUGGUGGAAUCCAAUUCCUCAAACAAAUCGCCGGUGGCUUAUUUAUUAUCGGGUGGAACCUCGUGAUCACAUCGAUCAUUUGUGUUGUGAUUAGGUUGGUGAUUCCGUUGCGAAUGACUGAUGAACAGUUGAAGAUUGGUGAUGAUGCAGUGCAUGGGGAGGAAGGGUACGCGUUGUGGGGUGAUGGGGAGAAGUAUGAUGCAACCAGACAUGGAGUCUACGCCGAUGAUACGAUUCAUCAAAAGACCUCCAUUGGUGCAACUCAAGUGGUCUAAUCCUGUCGCUAAGUAAAACAAUUUCUUCUCUCUCUUGUCACUAGGUCAUGUUUGAGACUCUUGUGUCUUAAAAUUCUCAUAGAAUUUUAUGAUUAGAAAUUCAUUGAGACAGAGAGAUAAAAGAGAUUUAAGACUAAA